UCCUAAGUUUGGCAACCCAGGCCGUUGAAUCUGUAAUUUAACCAAACUGUAAAUUUAGUAAAUGUAGAAAAAGAAAAACUCUUAAAUAUUUGCUAAUGUGAGUACUUUUAGUAGUGAAGUAAGGAUAGCAUAAUAUUUAAUUAAAUAGGAAUAUGGCUAAAAUUAAACCCAAAUGGAGCGAUCAAAAGGAACAGAAUGGUCUGCUAAAGAAAAUAGUUCAAAAAGAAUUUCUGUGUGAUUUGUUAGUAAAACCGCAAUACUUAAAGUAUACAUGCUUAUUUCUAAUAAUUUUUGAAGUAUUUUUAAAUAUGUUUAUAAUUGAAAAUGUACGAUAUACAGAAAUAGAUUGGAUAGCUUACAUGCAGGAAGUGGAGGGUUUUUUAAAUGGUACAUUUGAUUAUAAACAACUUAAAGGUGACACAGGCCCGUUGGUGUAUCCGGCAGGAUUUGUUUAUGUUUACUCACUAUUGUACUACUUCACAUCACAUGGAAGGAACAUUCAUUUGGCACAAUAUUUAUUUCUAUUAAUCUACAUUGGGCAGUUGUGCCUGACAUUUAGAAUUUAUUUGAAAACAGAGAAAGUGCCUCCUUAUGCAUUGAUAAUAAGUACAUUGACUUCCUAUCGAAUUCAUUCUAUUUACGUGUUGAGAUUGUUCAAUGAUCCAAUUGCCGUCCUCCUUUUCUAUACCAGUUUAAAUUGCUAUAUAUCAAACAAAUGGCGUUUAGGAAGUUUAUUUUUUUCACUAGCUGUUUCGGUCAAAAUGAAUAUCUUAUUGUAUUCUCCAUGCCUGCUGUUAGCAUUUUUAACUAAUUUGUCAUUGUGGGAAACAAUACUGAAUCUAUCUGUAUGUGGCUUGGUUCAAGUGGUUUUGGGUGCCCCAUUUUUGUAUAAAAAUUAUUUGAAUUAUAUAAGAGGAAGCUUUGAUGUAGCAAGAGUAUUUGAACAUAAAUGGACAGUCAAUUACCGAUUUUUGUCAAGGCAAAUUUUCGAAAGUCAUCAAUUUCAUAUAGUUUUGUUGGUGAUUCAUGUCGUUCUGUUGUUACUAUUUUUUAAAUGCAUGAGGCGUUAUUUAUCGAAUUAUGCAAAGCUGAACUACGUAUUUCAAGAAUUAAAGGCUCGAUCAGAAAAGUCAAAUAAAAGACCUAUUCGAAAACCUCAAAAAAUCGUUUCAAAGAGUAAAAAAGAUGAACCAUUAAACAGAGAUCAGAAAAAGUUCCUCGAAAUGUACGAAAAGGAGUUGAGCCAUCGAAAAAACAGGGUUUUAGAUAAUAAUGAAGCCGACAAAGAAGAUGAAUCGGAUAAAAUUGAAGUAAAUUUUGGGAAGAUGUGUCAAUUAAUCGUUUUGCCAUUUUUUGUAACAAACUUAAUCGGAAUAUCAUGUGCCAGAUCGUUGCACUAUCAAUUUUAUAGCUGGUACUUUCACAGUUUGUUGUACUUGGUUUACUGUACAGGAUAUAACAAAUCAGUUAUGUUUCUUAUUCUAGCGGUUAUUGAAUAUUGCUGGAAUACGUAUCCAAGUACAAUUAUUUCUAGUUUGUCGUUACAUUUUAGUCAUGUUGCUUUAUUAAUUGGUGUUUAUAGGUACAUGAACAAAUAGUAUUUGUACAUUUUUUCGAAUACCGAUUGGAAAGUAAAAUUACUGUUACGGAUUGUUGAAAAUAAAUUUUUUAAUGUUUA